AUGGACUCUUCUCCCGGCGGUAGCUCAAUGGAACGAAGCAAAAUGAGUGUUGCUGAAAAGAGACAGCUUGUUCAUGAUCUGCCGAAAGAUGUGAAGUCAGCGUCUAAAGCCUUGAAAGACUGGGACUUGGGUGAGAUUGAAGAGAUCUUGUGGGCAGAAGCAGGGAGGAAAACAAAACGAAAGGGCAGAGCUGAGACCAUCAACGUCCUUUUGAAAACUGUCAGAGAGAAAAAAGAUUCGUCGCCAACUGAUGAGAACUCUGGAGAGCAAGGAGACAAGAAGAGAGAUUCUUCAUCAUCAACCAAGACAAACUUGAAACGACGGAGGAAGAAUUAUAAUCCUUCUCGGCAUAUGGCUCCAACGAGCUUGAAUUCCUCUAGGAGCACUGAUUCAGGAAAGGAUACUAUCUACUGUAAGAACUUAGCUUGCCAAGCUAUAGUGAGACUGGAAGACUUGUUUUGCAAAAGGUGUUCUUGUUGUCUCUGCCACAAGUUUGAUGACAAUAAAGAUCCUAGUCUCUGGUUGACUUGCAAUUCGGAUCCUCCAUUCGCCGGUGAAUCUUGCGGCUUCUCUUGCCAUCUCGAUUGUGCUUUCAAGAAUGAGAAUUCAGGUCUCAAGGAAGAUAAGCCAAGUAGUGAUGAUGCUGAUGGAUGCUUCUACUGUGUCUCUUGUGGCAAAACAAACAGCUUGCUUGAAUGUUGGAAGAAGCAAUUAGUGAUCGCAGAGGAAACCACAAGCGUAGAUGUGCUUUGUCUCCGUCUUAACUUGGCUAAGAAGCUUCUAAAGGGCACAAACAAGUACAGGCAAGUAUCUGAAGCCGUGGAGGAAGCUGUGAAGAGUUUAGAAACUGAACUGUGUGGUCUUCCAUCGGGGAAGCUUCAGGGAAACGUAAACAGGUUUACUGAUCUUCCAUCGGCGAUGCGUAGAGGAAACGUGAACAGGCUUCAAAAUGCUCAAAAAGUGAAGAAUCUUUGCUCUUCUGCUUUGAAAUCCUUACAAGAUACACCGCUUCAUGAUCGUCCUGCACUACCUUGUAAGAUGAAAGGAUCAACGAAGAUGAGCUUCGAGGAUGUUCACGCGACUUCGCUCACUCUGGUUCUUGCUUCCGGAGAAGAAUCUUCUUCAUCACCUGGAAACAUCAUUCAUCACAGGAUAUGGCAUCGUAAGGUCUCAGAGAAAGAUUACCCAAAGGACUUGACUUGUGCAUUGGUGUCUCCAAACACAAGGUUUCUUGUCUCUGGACUGACUCCGGAAACAGAGUAUUGCUUCAAAGUUGCUUCCUUUAGCGGCACCAGAGAAUCAGGCGUAGAUGAAACCAAAGUCUCUACAAAAGCCCUUGAAGAAGAAGAAGAAGAAGAAAAGGAAGCAACUUUAAGCAUAGAAGCAGAAGAGAAGCCAGAGGAGAAGAAGGUGGUGAAUGGUGAGAAAUCAGCAAGCUGCGGUAGUUUCGGGUUGGGGCAAUGGGUGAAGAUCAUGCGACAGCUUGAGGUUUCAGGUUACGUUGACAAGGAUUUCAGAAAGAAGUUUCUGACUUGGUAUAGCUUGAGAGCGACGGCACAGGAGAUACAUGUUGUCAAGACAUUCGUUGAUGUCUUCAAGGACGAUUCAGAAGCUCUUGCUGAGCAGCUCGUUGACACAUUCUCUGACUGCAUAUCGAGAAAGCGUUCUCCAGACGGCGGUGGAUGUAGCGGUGCGUCUGCGGUGGUCUCUGCUGGUUUCUGUAUGAAGCCGAGGCACUGA